AUGUCAGCCCCCCGCGCGCCAGAUGGCACCAAAGUGUGGACAACUCUUAUCACGAAUACCGCAUACCUGUCUGGUUUGUUGACUCUCGAGUACUCCCUCCGAAAGGUCGGCUCAAAGUACCCCCUCGUCGCUUUGUACACAGACACUUUCCCCGAAGAAGGCCAUGCGGCUCUCGACGCUCGGGGUAUUCUGAAGAAGCACGUCCCGUAUCUUCUUCCAUCGAUUCCUAAGGACUAUACAAACGAUACGCGCUUCUACGACUGCUGGAGCAAGCUCACGCCGUUUUCGCUAGUCGAAUAUGACCGGGUGGUGCAGCUCGAUAGUGAUAUGUUGGUCCUCAAGAAUAUGGAUGAGUUGAUGGAAUUGGAAUUGGAUGCGCCGGAGCUGGCGGGCACAGGAAAUAAGGUCUUUGCUGCUAGCCACGCCUGCGUGUGUAAUCCGCUUAAGAAACCUCACUAUCCAAAAGACUGGAUCCCUGAAAACUGCGGAUACACCUCGCAACACGAAACUCCUGAAAUCGCGCAGACAGAGGGUGCAUCGGCCGCAUUCGGACUAGGUAUACCCAAUGGAGGUCUCCAAGUAGUCAACCCGUCCAAAGGCACCUACGAUAAGAUCGUCGCUCAAUUAGGAAGUGCUGCAACUUCCGAUUACGAGUUUGCCGAUCAAUCGCUGCUUUCUGAUGUGUUUUACGGCCGAUGGAUUGCGCUCCCAUACAUAUAUAAUGCCUUGAAGACAUUGCGGCGAAAAGGUGUUCAUGAUGCUAUCUGGCGGGACGAAAGUGUCAAGAAUGUGCACUAUAUCCUCAGCCCUAAGCCGUGGGACGAUGUGGAUGAAAAAGACCCAUCGAAGCCGGGAUAUGACGCCUCGCAUGAGUGGUGGAGGGCUUUGAAUAAUGAAAGAUUGGAAGAUGAAAAGCAACGAGGUGUAAAUGACCAAUUUUGA